CAACGAUGACGAUGACAACGCCAAGUGCAACAGUGGACCACACCACCGCUGAGGAAGAAGAGGAGGCGGAAGGGGAACUCGCAUUGAGCGCAGUCGCUGGCUUAAGAGUGAAUGCAGAGAAGGAGGAUGAGGAAGACGCCGACGUCCAUCUCUCAUCUGAUAUCCUGGAGCAUGUCUUUUCGUGGCUGGAGCUGCCAGAUCUAGUGAGAUGCAGUCAAGUGUGUUACAUGUGGCGGAAAGUUGUCCUUGGAACGGAUGCACUCUGGCAACACUUGGUGGCAAGGUCGGAGUAUUUCCACCGUGAACAGAUCCGAGACCUAGCUGACUACCCACCCUUGGAUGGCAUGCGACGCUGGUGUGGCAGAUCGACCGCCAAGCACAUUGGCCUCGUACGCCACUUAACUCGCGUUGAGAACAACUGGCGGCAAGGGCGUUGUAGCAUCACGCGCCACCCUCUGGGAUCUGGCGCUGUGACAGCUGCUAUCCUGCUUGGAGAAUUCCUCAUCGUAGGCACGACGGCAGGAACUGUGGUUGUAUGUGAUCAAUCCUCGCUGGAGAUUGUGAAUCAUCUACAAGAGGCAGAGGAGGAGAUUACGGCGCUGGCUGCAGCCCACACUUCUACAGGCAACUUCCUCGUCACCGCUUCAGAGGAUGCACUGGUACGUGUGUACGAUUGUCGGGAAUGGGGUGUGAUAGCGCUCGUUGCACACGAUGCGGGCCUCGUUUCCGUCGCCGUCGCUGACCGUUACAUCAUCUCUGGCGACGACAGAGGGGUCAUCAAGGUGUCUGACGUGCACACAGGGCUCACGCUCGCGACGACAGUUGCGCAUCAGGCGGAAGUGAACCGCAUCCUGUGCACGCCCAACGGCUUCUUCACCACAAGCUGGGACGGCCAAGUCAAGCUGUGGUCGCUACUGUCCCACGCCUCAACACCCUCAUCGCACACCGUGUCCACCAACACCCACCGCCUUGUUCUCAUGAACGCCCAACACGCCCACGCUGAAGGUGUGUUUGCAUCUGCCUGUGCCGGCGCAGUCCUUGCCACGGGAGGUGGCGAUGCCUGCGUGUGUGUGUUUGAUCCAGAAACGGGUGACCUUUGGCGGCGCCUCGUCGGACACCAAGCGGAAGUGUAUUGUGUCGACACAAAUGGCACAAGCAUUGCAUCAGGCGACGCGCGCUCCGAGGUGUUUGUGUGGGACGCGCGCACAGGCAUCUGCCUGCACCGUCUUGGCAGCCACAUUGGCGUCGUUCGACACGUUCAGUUUACUGGAACGCGGCUGGUGACAGGGGGCGACCACCGCCGCCUUGUCAUUUGGGACAGCACCACUGGCCAGCGAAUGCACACUGUUCAUCGCCAGCCCAUCCUCCUCAAAUCCUUCCUGGUUAACGCUGAUCGAAUACUAGUGGUUGGCACGGACUGGCCAGGCAUCGUGUCUGUAUCUUACACGCCGCGACCACCACCACCACCACCACAACAACAACAACAACAACAACAACAACAACAACAACAACAACAACAACAACAACAACAACAACAACAACAACAACAACAACAACAACAACAACAACAACAACAACAACAACAACAACAACAACAACAACAACAACAACAACCACAACGAUGCUUGAGGGACGACGACGAACGACAAGAGGCUAGGAGAGAGCGAAGCGGCGUCAUUCAAGAAUUGCGCUAG